AUGACGUCACUUCCCGUUUGUUUUUGCCGCCGAGGUGACGAGCACCAGUUGAACUGUCUGCCGCCACUACUAAAGAUGGCGCGUGAGAGGGAGUUAAAAAAUGUCCGUCGGUUUGUCUGUGGACAACUGCGUGCAGAAAAAGAUUUAAGAUCGCUGACUUUGGGAACUUUAAAACGACGAUAUUUGGCCAACGUGGGAGGUGACUCUCUUAGUUCAUCUACCAAAAGUUUACUGAAACAAGUGGUUCAACUGGAACUAAAAAAAAUGCAGGAGAAUCACAGAAGCAGUAGUGAGUCGGAGACUAGUGAGUCGGAGACUGACGAUGCCGAAAACAAAAGAAAAAGAGAGAGGGAAAAUGACACUGCAAGCGAGAGUGAAAACGAGGUUGCAUCCAAGCAAAAAAAGUCCCGCUGUCGUGUGAGCGCCGAGUCUGAAUCGGAGGAUGACGAGAACAAAACAGCAGGAAGUGCAGGGAGGGAAGAGGAAGAGCAAGGUAAAACUGGAUCCGGAGAUACAAAGCAGGAACUGACAAAAUCAAGUGAAAAGAGAAAUGGAAAGUGUGAAGAAGACUCUGAAGAUGGAGAAACAGAGAUAAAAACUAACAUGGCAAAAAAGAAAACUGAUCAGAGUGAUGACGAGGAUGUAAGUAACUCGAAUAAGAGUGACAGCUCUAAGUCAUCAGAAGAGAGUGAAAAAGAGGAAAACGUGUUGGCAGAAAAGCACACAAACCAAGCAGAUUCGGAUUCAUCAUCUCUGCCCUCGGAGGAUGAGCAGGAACCCCCGACCAAAGUCAAGCAAGUCAAUAAAAAGAAGGAAAAAGAUGGCGAUAGCGAAAGAAAGAAAUCAACCAAAAAAGACAAACACGAUGCUGUAAAAAAACAGAAGGAAGACGACAAAGCAGUCGUGAGGCUCAAACGCUACAUUUCUCUCUGUGGCGAGAGACGCAAUUACAAGAAGCUCCUCGGUGACUCUCGCUCUGUUCGUUCCAUGGUGGCUGUUCUAAAGAAGGAGCUGGAAGAUCUUGGUGUUCAAGGUCAACCUUCCAUUGAGAAAUGUAAAAGGGUACGUCUGAAGAAAGAAGAAGCUCGGGAACUUGCUGAACUGGAUGUCAGCAACAUCAUUAAUAGUGAAGGUCGACCUAAACGAAGAGGAGCCUUUGCACGACAGGAACACCGUGAACCCCCGCUCUCUACUUACCACCGAUCGUUGAACUCGGGCUCUGAUAGCGAUCAGGCAAACAGCACGCCGCAAGGAAGCAGAAGGGCAUCAGACUGGGCCAACCUGCGCGGAAUCAUCAGUGAUGAUGUGGACAGCGACUGAGGCGCAGCUGUUCGUGAAAGUUUUCUAAAAGCGAAUCCUUUGACACUAUUUCAAAUUCAGUUUUUGGCCAAAGUAGGAGUCUGUUUUAUAUAUCACAGCAUGGGUCACUAACAUGGUGGCCCCCAAGGACCACGUGAGUGCGGGCCUAUUCUAAAUAUAGCUCACCAAUGAUGGGACAUUAUUUCCUAGGAAUCUUGUAGAAAUGCUCAUUUGAAAAAUGCAAACACUUGCAGAUGUGUAGAGGAAAAAAAGUGUUUCUUAUUGAUAUUUAGGUUUCUUACCUUGUCAAAUCGUUGUUUAUGAUAUGAGAAAUCAAUGAUGUGGUGAAUAUCAUUAAUAAUAACAUACAGGUAAUUUGAGCAUAUUUAUUUCAGAAGUGUGUAUUAAACUGGUAGCCCUUUACAUUGAUCAGUUUACCAAGAAGCAGCAGUUUCUUAAAAGGUUAGUGACCCCUGUAUUACAAUACUUUGAAGUUUGUAAAGUUUGUAUAGUAAUUGAUACAUCAGGUAUUUGUAUGACAGUGUCACAGUUAUGUAUCUCAGGCCUUUCUGUAUACCGUUUGCAUGUUGUCGCUAUUCUUGAAAGGGAUUUCUUUGGGCUUCUUCCCCACAGUCCAAAACUUGCAUGUUCACUUCAUUGAUGACUCUAAAAUGGUCCAUAAUUGUGACUUGUUGUUUGUCUGUCUGUGACAGACUCCCAAAGUCAGCUGAGAUAUGCUUCAGCUCGCAUGUGACCCAGUACAAGAUGAGUGGUUGUCAAAAGAUAAAUCUUCUGUGUUGUAUAAAAUUUCAGCUACACAAAUUA